UUUGCUUUCUGCCUGAGCAGUGAUGGUGUGGGCACCCAUGUGGCUGCUGGCUUCGUUCCUGUGCCUUUCGCCCCUCCUGGCACACAUCUACUCUAAGGACCUAGUUGGCAUCAUGGGAGAAAAUUUUACUUUUCCAGUACAAAUAGACCGAAAAAUAGUGGAAACUAUCUGGAAGAAAAACAAAGAUAAAGUGGCUGAAUGGGAAGAGCAAAAUAAACCGACAUAUUUUGGUCCUCUCCGCGACAGGAGUGUACUUAUGGAGAAUGGAUCCUUGACUAUAGUUAACUUGGAGAAGGAUGAUGCUGGCACAUAUGAGUUACAGUACUGGGAUUCUGUGACAGAUCACCACUUAAACUUUGUACUUUUUGUGUUAGAUUCCCUUCCAGAACCUAAAAUAAGUUGCAACACCAGUGGUGAUGAACUUGUACUAAGCUGUACAGCAAAUUUCCAGGGGUCUCUGAAUUAUGCUUGGAAGCUCAGUAACGAUCCAUGCAGUUAUCAGAACCAGGAGCUUUCCAUCCCUUUGGAGAAUGUUGAUACUACCACCAAUGCUACAUGUAUCAUUAAAUUUUCACAAACGGAAAGGAGGUCCGAAAUCUCUUUGAUUCAAUGCCUUCCGGAAGAAAAAGGAGACAGUUUUCACAAACGACAUAGAUAUUACCUUAUUGCAGCUAUUAUCCUAAUAGGAGUCCUAGUAGGAAUCCCAGUACUCCUGCGCAGGAAAGGUAUAAUUAAACUUGGAACAGGAAGAAGAACUGCUCAGAAUAACAGUCCAGUGAAUGGCUCAGGAGAACAUGAGCAACUUUUCCCUGGGAACAGCCAAAAACAAUCUAACUCAGAGGGAGCUGCAUUUUCACACCCUGUUCAUUGUGAGAAUGAAGAGCCUGAAGCAGACAGAGCAUUGAAUGAGAAUGACAGGGACGUGAAUGAGAAAGACAAGCACAUAGUUAAGAAUGGUGUAAAUCAGGAAGAAGUGACCCAGGAUACAGAAGGCGGAAAUGGGGGGCACCUGGACAACUCUUCCAGCUGCACUAAAGAAGAUCCUAAAGCAGAAGCAAAUAAUUGCUUUGUUACCCAAACAACUAUGGAAGAGAAGCAGUAGAAUUCAGUGAUGAAGGAGGUGCUACCUUUUCCCUUGAAGGGCUUCCACAAGCAAUGAAGUUGUCAGAGUGUCAUCAAGAAGCACUUUAAAGACAGGCUGAACUGUUUCCAGUGCCUAUUUUUUCUGGAAAGACAGCCUCCUUUUCUAGUGCUACUAUGUGAAGACAAAUAGGCCAAAUCAUGGACAAAAUCUUUUGAAUUAUUUUAUAUGAUUUUAACAAACCAUAUGGUUCAGCAUUUCACAAACCUUAUGGUUUGUUAUAUGGUUGGUUUUAUAGGUUUUUUUUACUAACACACUAAAGCCUCUUUGUAGUUGAUAUUUAGAAAUUUGCAAAGUUUUAUAUAUUUGCAUGAAUGUGGACAAAUCAAAAACUGAUGAGCUUUCACUUUUUUAUCAGUGCUUUUAUACAGUCAGAAAAAACCCUUCAUCCUUCAGCAGGCCCAGAUGGGUGGAAGUUUGCAUUUUCUAGUCUUGGUUCUAGACAAAGCUAUGUCCUAGAGUUGCUAGAUGCCUGGCGAACUGAUCAUGUCCUGACACUGGUUCAUUCUGUGAUAAAACUACAUUUUAGCUUAUUGUUGCACUGAAACAAAGGUGUUAUUAACAGCAGGUUUGGGCUUUUCCUAAAGCUUUUCAUAUUUUUUUAACUUUUAGGACUUUUAAAGCCUUUGCACUUCAUAUUCUUCUAAGAAUGUCAUCUCACUUUUACUCAUUCCUAGGAAAUAAUAGUAUGUUUUUAAGUUGCUUGAGACUAGAACAAAAACUUGAAAACUGAGGUUGCGUAUAUAAUGAAGUUUAAAAAUAAUCAAAAAGAAAAACACCAUGCAUUAAUAUUUUCAGAACAUCAAGCUAUAGAGUGUUUUUCAUUAUGUUUACAUGCUGGUUGUUUAUGAAAGUUGAAAGCCAAUUUAAUUCAUUUUGAACAUAGUAUGUGUAAAGAAUCAUGAAGGUUUGACACUGGUAACCAGAGAUCUGAAGCUUCAGGUUUCCACUCCCACAAUUCUCUCUGUAAAUAUUUGUAAUUUAUUAAAAAAAAAUACUCAAGAUGUAAAAAA